CACCAGUGAGUCGGUGUCGCGGAGGAUGCUGGGAAGGACUGGGUCUGAACUCCCGGAGUCCGAGUCAAGAUGUCUGACAUGGAGGAUGACUUCAUGUGCGACGAUGAGGAAGAUUAUGACCUGGAAUACUCAGAAGACAGCAACUCUGAGCCCAAUGUUGAUCUGGAGAACCAGUACUACAAUUCCAAAGCCUUGAAGGAGGAUGAUCCAAAAGCAGCCUUGAGCAGCUUCCAGAAGGUUUUGGAGCUUGAAGGUGAAAAAGGAGAAUGGGGGUUCAAAGCACUGAAACAGAUGAUUAAAAUAAACUUCAAACUGACUAACUACCCAGAGAUGAUGAAUAGGUACAAACAGCUACUCACCUACAUCCGGAGUGCCGUCACAAGGAAUUAUUCAGAGAAAUCUAUUAAUUCAAUCCUUGAUUACAUCUCCACCUCAAAACAGAUGGACUUGCUACAGGAAUUCUAUGAAACGACCCUGGAGGCACUAAAAGAUGCGAAAAAUGACAGACUGUGGUUUAAAACGAACACAAAGCUUGGAAAGCUGUAUUUAGAGCGGGAAGAAUAUGGAAAGCUUCAGAAGAUACUGAGACAACUGCACCAGUCUUGUCAGACGGACGAUGGAGAAGAUGAUUUGAAGAAAGGCACACAGCUGCUGGAAAUCUAUGCUCUAGAAAUACAGAUGUACACUGCACAGAAGAACAACAAGAAACUGAAGGCACUGUACGAGCAGUCUUUGCACAUUAAGUCUGCCAUCCCUCAUCCACUGAUCAUGGGUGUCAUAAGAGAGUGUGGAGGCAAGAUGCACUUAAGGGAAGGGGAAUUUGAGAAAGCCCACACUGAUUUCUUUGAGGCUUUCAAAAAUUACGAUGAAUCAGGGAGUCCCAGACGAACAACUUGCUUGAAAUACCUGGUUUUAGCAAAUAUGCUAAUGAAGUCGGGAAUAAACCCAUUUGACUCUCAGGAGGCUAAACCUUACAAAAAUGAUCCAGAGAUUCUUGCAAUGACAAAUUUAGUAAGUGCCUACCAGAAUAAUGACAUCACCGAGUUUGAGAAAAUCCUGAAAACAAAUCACAGUAACAUCAUGGAUGAUCCCUUUAUAAGGGAGCACAUUGAAGAGUUGUUGCGGAACAUCAGAACACAAGUGCUCAUAAAAUUAAUUAAGCCUUACACUAGAAUACACAUACCUUUUAUUUCCAAGGAGUUGAACAUUGAUGUUUCGGAUGUAGAGAGCUUGCUUGUGCAGUGCAUAUUGGACAACACUAUUCAUGGCCGGAUUGAUCAAGUCAACCAGCUGCUGGAGCUGGAUCACCAGAAAAGAGGAGGGGCCCGAUAUACUGCAUUAGAUAAAUGGACAAAUCAACUGAACUCUCUCAACCAGGCCAUUGUUAGUAAGCUGGCUUGACUGAGAAGUCUUAUUAUUAGUACUUAAAGCAGCAAUGCAGUGAUGUUAAUCUUCAAACAACUGGGAAUGGCAGAACUACUAUCGGUUGAUGUGUCCUGAAUAUUGGAGCUUUGACAGAAGUGCUUUCUUUAAUCAGCUGGUUUGUGUUUUGCUGCUGCAGUUUCCCAAGACAAACAGCUUUAAUAUCCAGAAGAAAACCAAAACUCUAUGGGAUUACGCUGUAUUGACAUCCAGCCCUUACCAAUGUAAUAGUGUUUUAUCCAGGGCAAUCGAAUGACCAGAUGGAAGACUUUGUCAUGGUUUUAAACACACAUUGACACGUUGUUUUGGUAAAUGUUAAAAAAGAACAGUUUACCUGUAGGAUUCUUCAGAAAAAAAAGUUAAAACAUAAUCUGCAAUAACUUGAAGUGUAUACUUACUUUGAACACUUUUUUCAUGUGUAAAGCAGCAUGUUUGCUGUAUUCUGCAAAAUGUACGAUUUCCAAGCCGUGAUUUUCGGUACCUGCAGUUGUAGUUAAAAAUUUAGAAAAUAUUCCCUCUUCAGUGGCGUACAGCCACUUUAGUUUUCAAGCAGCAAAAUAAAGCAGUACAGCUUGACAUUGUUUAACACCGAUUAAGUUCCUUUAUUUUGUUUUGUGAUGCUUUAAAUAUUGUAUUUUCUUUUUGCAAGAAAUGCACAAUGCCUGUUUUUUUUUCUUAAAAAAUGAUCUAAUUUUAACACUCGUGCUUCUGUUUUAUAUUUACGUGAAAAUAUGGGAUGGUUCUUGUCUGGAUUUUAUAGCCACAAGGUCAAAGUAGAAAGGAUAUUCACAGUGCAGUCCUAAUUUACCUGGUGCCUAAUUUGCUUGUGAUAUGUGCAUUUUAAAAAAUCAUUCCUUCUCAUUUGAAAGGCAAAGUAUGAAAAUAAAGUUCACUUUUUGUUCACA